GAACUAAUUAAUAUUUACACUGCAGAGUAUGGACUCAUUUGAUAUGCACGGUGAAAAGCUCGGAUUCAGCGGAUGAUUUUGGGAGUUAUGUGUGAAUUUCUGAGACAGAAUGGCCGUACACAUACUCGGGAUGAAUUAUCUGUGAGUGUGGAGUGUUAAACAAGGUUGAGGAAGGAAACACAACCCGCCGAGUCGAUUUUGUUUUGGGAAGGUAGAAUCGAAUUUAGACAAAAUGGCGGAUUUAGAAGCUGUCCUGGCCGAUGUUAGUUACUUGAUGGCGAUGGAGAAGAGCAAGUCAACUCCAGCUGCCCGUGCAAGCAAGAAAAUUAUUUUACCUGACCCUAGCGUCCGGAGCGUGAUGCACAAACACCUCACAAAAAUGGGUGAAGUGACAUUCGACAAAAUCUUUGGCCAGAAAUUGGGUUAUUUACUCUUUAAGGACUUCUGUGAAAACGUCUGUGAUGAACCUGUCCCUCAGUUGAAGUUUUACGAGGAGAUUAAAAAGUUUGAGAAAUUGGAGACAGAUGAAGAAAGAAUAAAGCUUGGAAAAGAAAUCUAUGACCAAUUUAUAAUGAAAGAAUUAUUGUCCCAGUCCCAUACUUUUCUGCAGACAUACUCGAAGGCAGCCGUGGAAUCCGUUCAGGAGUCUCUCACAGCCGCACAAAGAACCAAAAAAUUAGCACCAAAUAUUUUUGAGCCCUACAUAGAGGAAAUAUGUAAUUCACUAAGAGGAGAUAUAUUCGACAAAUUUUUAGAAAGUGAAAAAUAUACUCGAUUUUGUCAAUGGAAGAACUUAGAGCUGAAUAUAGAGUUAACAAUGAAUGACUUCAGUGUACAUAGAAUAAUUGGCAGGGGAGGAUUUGGAGAAGUGUAUGGAUGUCGUAAAGCUGACACUGGUAAAAUGUAUGCAAUGAAGUGUUUAGAUAAGAAGAGAAUUAAAAUGAAGCAAGGAGAGACAUUGGCUAUUAAUGAACGAAUCAUGCUGUCCUUAGUUAGCACAGGGGAGGGGAGUCCGUUCAUUGUAAACAUGACGUACGCCUUCCAGACACCAGAGAAGCUGUGUUUUAUUUUGGAUCUGAUGAAUGGUGGGGACCUUCACUAUCACUUGUCACAACAUGGAGUGUUCAAUGAGCGGGAAGUUCGCUUUUAUGCCUCGGAAGUUAUACUUGGACUAGAGCACAUGCACAAUCGAUUUGUAGUCUACAGAGACUUAAAGCCAGCCAAUAUUUUAUUAGAUGAAAAUGGCCAUGUAAGGAUCUCGGAUUUAGGUUUGGCCUGUGACUUUUCCAGAAAGAAACCUCAUGCUAGUGUUGGGACACAUGGAUACAUGGCCCCUGAGGUGCUAAACAAACAAAUGCAGUACGAUUCCAGUGCUGACUGGUUCUCCUUCGGAUGUAUGCUUUACAAGUUACUGAGGGGACACAGUCCAUUCCGACAGCACCGAACCAAAGAUAAGCAUGAAAUAGAUAGAAUGACCAUGACAAUGAACGUAGAGAUUCCAGAAUCAAUGACACAAGAGAUGAAGUCUUUGUUAGAGGGAUUAUUACAGAGAAAUGUGGAGGAUCGACUGGGGUGUAAAGGAAGAGGAGCUAAUGAGGUGAAGGAACAUGCGUUUUUCCGUGGCAUUGAUUGGACCCAAGUAUUCCUACAGAAGUACACCCCACCCCUCAUUCCCCCGAGGGGAGAGGUCAAUGCAGCUGAUGCAUUUGACAUAGGGUCAUUUGAUGAAGAAGAUACAAAGGGCAUUAAGCUUGCUGAGCAGGACCAGGACUUGUACCGUAAUUUUACAAUGACCAUCUCGGAGAGGUGGCAACAGGAGGUAGCAGAAACUGUGUUUGAUGCCAUUAAUCAGGAUACGGAUAAACUGGAACAGAAACGGAAGCAAAAACCUCGCAUUGAUGAUGUAGACCUAGAUCAAACUGACUGUAUUGUAGAGGGAGAAGUGUUAAAGUUGGGGGGUCCAUUUCUACAAACAUGGCAGAAAAAGCAUCUGAAGCUGUAUCCAAAUCGAUUAGAAUUCUACCAUAAAAACCGUGAUGGGCAGAUAACCAGGGCGAAAGUAGAGUGUAUUUUGAUGCUAGACAUAAAAGAAGUUUAUCCUGAAUUCCAAAAAUUACAAAAAACAGACAAUUGUAUUGUGAUAGUUUUAAAAACCGAAAACAAAAUUGCCAUAACUUCUCCAGAUAAAGUGCUCAUUUCUCAGUGGAAGGAUGAGAUAAUUAAUGGACACAAAUUGUCAGCACAGAUAGUGGCUAGGAUGACAACAAAAGCAAGCAAAAUGUAUGGUGCUGCUAUUACUAACAGUCCCAGCUCGGAGAAUUUCAAACCUCCUCUAGAACAUAGAAAUAGUAACGGGAGCUAGACACUCCUCCCCGUACAUAGCUUUCUUGUGAUCAGUGACACGUCCCUCUCCUCGAUACUCAAGUGGAACCAUAUCAGAGGGAGGUUAAAUAACACAGGAAUGGAUCCAACUUCCUCUGGAGUACCUGAAGGGGAUCCAGCACAUUUUUCAAGCUAGUCAUCAAAUUUUUAUCCAACUUGGCAAGACGUUAUUUUCUACUACUACCAUAUGUUGUCGUUUUUUUUUUAAAUUGUUUCAGCCAGGUGAAUGGCUCAGUGUUGUCAUUGUGUCAGUAGGCACGUGUGAUAUCAACCAGUGUGAGUGUGUCUGUCCGUCUGUCAGUGUGCUGCAUCGUUAGUGAAUGGAGAGGAUUUCGGACCAGUGUAGCAUAAAGGCUGUGUCCAUGAGAGGGUGUUCUCUUAAAAACAAUACUCAGCUUCCAUGAUACGCAAUCUACUCGUAAACGACCAUCAAAGCGCCCAGACUCUUUUGUUUAACUGCAAUCUCUCAGAUUUUUCUUAAGCUUUAACACCUUUUGUAUGCCUGCAUCUUAAGAAUGUGUUUGUUAUUGUGGGAUGUCUGUCACCCUAGCCAACAUUCUCAGUAUUGUAAAUUUUCAUAGAAGUUGUAUACUCAAGCAGUUUUUAACUUCCUAGACACUGGGUUGUUUUCAGAUUUUUAACAAAUUUUAUUGGAACUUUGAUUGUGCUGCUUGAAUACCAAAGUUAGGCUAUACAAUCCAAAACGAGUACUUUAAAAAAACUUUUCUGUCUGAUCUCUUUAGGCUUUACCUGUAUUUUUCAUGCAAAUGUCUUUUUUAUUGAUGAUCUCUGUGCAUGUGAUUUAUUGCUUUGUAUUAAAAUGAUUUAUCUCCCUUUCUGCCCCGCCCCCUUGUAUUGGUCCAGUAGAUGGCUCUUGUUGUGUCCCACUUGACAGGGUAUUGUACAAGGCAUUCCUCGUAACACGCUUUUUCUGUGGAGAACACACUUAAGAGCAUUUUUAUGACACAAAUCUAGUUUUUCAUCUACCUCUGGUCACAUGACACUCCUUAACCAAUGACUACACAACAAGGACUGCAGUGCUUGCCAGCGUAAAUUGUUCAUCGGUUAGGUUUCCUAGGGUUAAGAAUGUUAGACAUAGUAUGUCUUUAAUUCAAGAGGUGGUGUGAAAGUUUGAAUGCGAUGUGAGAUUUUUUUUAAUGAACCAAAAUCAUUGCUCCAAUUUUUUUUUUAUUGUCAAGCACCUUGCUAUGUGGAGAAGCUUGACAAAUCUGUGUACAGGUGACUUUAGCAGUUUUACCAAAGUUUUAUUUGUUACAUUAUUAUUUAUUCUGUUUAUUAGAUCUCUAUUACUUUGUGAAUCUCAUUGUAUCUUUGAACUUUGACUCUUAUAAGUAUGCCUAACUGUCAAGCUAGACAUUCUCAGUGCAUGGCAGAUUUUUGUCCUAGGGUGGGCUAUAUGUCUUUGGGAUGGGCUAAAUGUCUUAGGGUGUGCUAUAUGUCUUAGGGAUAGACAUUAUAAAACAGUACUGAGGUAUCGGUAUAGCCUCCAUUGUCAGCUGGUUUGACUCUUAAUUUUCAGUGUGGUAUUUUUGUUCCAAUACUGACGUAAGUGGAUGUAAAAUGCUGUGAUUUAUUUAAGAAUUUGUCAGAACAUUGUGAACUUUAUUUAAAUACAACAUGUCAGGUAUUUUUUUCAGAGAAAUUGCUUUGUUUACAAUUUGUGGCUAAAAAGAAGAAUUCCUGCGAUGUUGUGUACUGUCAUGAAAUUUUGAUAUUUUUAAAUUGAUGGAAAAAUUCCAGUGUAAUUUUAUGUAUGAAUUGUAGUUUUAAGACUGCAUGCAUACUUAUUAUUGUCAAGACAGGUGACAAUUUUUCAACUUUACAUAUUUUUCAUUUUGGAAACUGUUGUAGGUUUUUAUAAAAAUGAAAUAGCAAAGAAUUGCUUUAGAUUUGUCAGAUGUCCCCUGAUGUAUUGUAGAUGUUGGAAUCAGUGAUGUGAUCUGUUUAUAUGUGGAUAAUUAGAAUCUCUCUUGGAGCUUCCUGUGUCAGAUUAAUAAAUGAGAUUUAGUCUCAUUGAAUUAAAGCAGGCUGGUCAGAAUCUUCAAUGUUUAUCAGCUGUUCAAUCAUUGUACGGAAAUUUUCUUCAAUCAUGAAAAUAUGAGACAUUUGCCCAUUUUAUUUUCUCUGCAUACUCAAUUUGUGAUCAUGGGAGCUAGAAAUGCCAGAUUUAUUUGUUCAGUAUGUAGUAGGCUUCGUAAGACCAGUAGAACUCUGCUAUGUGUACAGGUAUCAUUAUGCAUAUCUCGGCAGAACUAAAAUACACAAGGCCGAGUUCUGCAGUACCAAUGUUAUCAAUGUGCAAUAGAGACAACAUAUCUGGCUGACAUUGAUGCAUUUUCAUGAAAUCCAGUCAUUAUUAUUAAAGUUAUUUGACAUUUUCCAUGUGAUCCAUGUGAAAAUGUGUAUUUAUUAUUUAUUCAAAUAAAAUCUACAAAAAAUA